GACGGCCACGUGGUGGUCACCGACGGCGGAGACCGGGCGGUGAAGGCGUUUGAUUUUGACGGGAGGGGGACGCUGGCCCUCCGGGAGGGCUUCUGCCUGCCGUGGGGCUUGGACACCACCCGGGAGAACGAAGUGGUCGUGACCGAUUCGGAGGCCGGAGCCCUGUACCUCUUGACGGCUGACUUCGGGAAGGGGAAGCUGAAGAAGUCGCAGGUGAUCCAGUCUAAACUAACCAGCCCGAGAGGCGUCGCCGUCUCUCAGGCCUCGGGCGCUAUUGCAGUCGUAGAGCACCUGAAAGCCAAAGGGCCGAACAACAGCAGCACCCGCGUGAAGAUAUUCAGUGCGGACAUGAAACUCAUCGGCCAGAUGGAUAGUUUUGGUCUGAACCUCAUCUUCCCCUCCAGAAUAUACGCUUCGGCUGUGGCCUUUGACAAAGAAGAUCAUAUUAUAGUAACGGAUGUCUGUAACCAGGCUGUGCUAUGUUUGGGGAAACCUGAGGAGUUUUCUGUUUUUAAGCCUAUAAUCAGCCAUGGGCUUUCUUAUCCAGUAGGACUGACUUACCUGGCCAAUAAUUCCCUCGUCGUUCUAGACGGUGGUGAUCAUUCAGUGAAAAUCUAUAGCUCUACCUGAAUGGGUUUAGAUUUUGACUGCUAUAGAUUCACUCUGUUUUAGGCCAGGAAGCAAGCAAAAUUUCUGUUCUAGUAGACAAGUAGGUGGGAGGUAAUUUCCAGCCUUUGAGUGAAAUUGCCCUCCUUGACCAACGCUCAUCAAAGCGCUUGCCUGUCUGUGUGAGAAAACCUGACCAUUGCAGGCGGUACUCGACAAUGAAUCAACCAAACAAAUAACUUGGCAUUUUAAAACUAUUUCAUACUUUGACAGCCAAACGUUUUUAUGACAUUUUGGCAAAUAGUAACAACUUUUGGAAUGGAGUAACCAAAGGCCUGCAGCUGAGAGAGAGAAUGAUAUAUCUUUUGUUUUACCUUUGUAAGGAUUUAGUUUUCAUUAGCUUUCUUUCUGAAGCAGAGAGACGCUCGCAAGUGACAGAGUGAUUUCUCUUUCCAGGAUUUCUGCAGGAGAAAGGAGACUAGCUUGAUUUCUCCAGGAUCUCUCUGACAGGAGAAAUAGAAGUUUCCGUUCGAGGUCAUUUGAAUCCACCCGAGGUCAACUGUAAUAGAGCAGCUAUCACUCUUUAGUGAGUUAUUAGUGAGUUAUAGACUCAAAGCCUAUUUUUUCCGUAGUAGGGAAAUCACUUAUGGAUACCAUGAAAGACAGUAAGCUAUUACUGAAUAAGUGUGGUCAUUUGCCCUCCUGUUCCAGUGUUGGAGGUAGUCCUUCAGAAAGAUGAAAUGCGUCAGUGACGCAAUGUUUGGAAGGUGCGUUUUCAUCACUGUGCUUCAAGGGAAAAAAAUAACCACAUUUUUCCCCUGUGGCAGCUUUCACUCACGGGCUAUACGUUAAAUAUGAAGAGUGAAAUUUUAAAACAUGCUAAAAAGGCGCAGUCUUAAGAUUUGAAAAUACCAUGAUAGGUGAAUAUUUGUUUUCUGCACUACUUUACUACGACCUUUACUAGAGUUGUACUGAAGCGCUUGCACUUCUUCUAUAAUGUGUAAGUCUUUGUCUGCCUGCAGAGAUAAACUUGUGUGUAGUUACCAGCACAGGCUGGUAAGCUUUCUCUAAACGCUUGAAGAUGUUUAGACCGGAAACGCUUCUGCGUAUACAAAAGUAAGUUGCCCGUCUUGCUAACGCAGGUGCUCUUGCAGUAUUGCCAGUACAGUCUGCAUCUCUCUUUUCAUUAAUACGUUACUUCUGUGUCCACAGCUUUGGGAUCCAGUUGAAAACUGGAGUGUUGAUGAGCAGUGGAAGAGAAAGAGGGAUGUGAACCUAUUUUUUGCCAAGCAGAUUUAGAUCUGUUUAUGUUUUCUUUGAAGGAGUUUCACUGUAGACAUUAGUUCUGUUGCCUUAUUGAACAGUCGAAAUUAAAGUAUAUCUGAAUUAUUUUUAAAAAUUGUUAACACCCCCACUAGGAAGUCACUGAUGCAUGUUUAGGCAUUUAUCUGCUGCUAGAAUAAUUACUUAGAUCGUUCAGCACUAAAAGGCAGUUUGAUGUAGAUGUGAAUGCUGUGUGAGAUAGAGACAAGUAGGUUAAAGCUGCAUUCAACUUUAAUGGGUCACUUAUUUAUUCACAGAAAUUAUGAAUGAGAUGCUUUCUGAAAGCCACCUGAAAUCAACAGGUGGUCUUUCUAUCCGUUAUUUUUUAAUCUGGCUUUUGGUCUUCCUUCCAGGGCAUAUAAUAACUACAAAUCUUGUUGCACCAGCGAUUAACCAGAUUCUUAUUUUAAACGGGAGCAUUUUUAGCCCUCUAAUUCAAACGAUGUAUUAAUUUAUCUUAUGUUGACACGUGUAAAAACAAAACAAACUAGCCAUUAAGUGCAGCUGUUUGUAAAGGUUAAUUCAAUGGUGGCGUGCCAAUAAAGUGAGAUUUGUUUACUCCUAUACUGAA